AGUUACUUCACCGUACAUGCAUUAUCGGGCAACUGAACAAAUAAUAAAUAAACGUUUCUUUCGAAGCUUUAAAUAACAACCUGCAUAUAUAUUUCUACGUAAUUCUAAAAUAAUUUUUAACAAUAUUAUUACUAUUUUUUUCUCUAUCGAACUUUUCUGCCUUGGUCAUAAUUUGACUACAGUAGUAUGAUUAUAUUGACGAGCAAAAAAUACAUAUUCGAUGGUUAAAAUACCUUGUUAUUUUAUCAUAUGGUAUCGUUUUGUUAUUAAGAAAUUCAAUAACGAUGAAUUCCAGCAAUUAUGAAAUUAGAUUAAUUAACGAAGAAAAGGGGAAAGGACUGUUUGCGACUAGUUCCUUUAAGGAUGGGGAUAUCAUUUUGACGGAGAAACCUUUAGUCUUUUGUCAAUUUUCAUGGAAUUUAGAAUACGGAUACUUAGCGUGUGACAAUUGUCUUAAACCUUUAGAAACUGCCCAAGAAAAUCUACGCAGAUUGACUGGGAGUGAUAUGAUUUUACAUUAUCCGGAAUGUUGUGAAACAAAGAAAGAAUUAAUUACAGAAUGUUCUGAAUGUGGCACAAAAUAUUGUAGUAGCGAUUGUCAAACUGAAGCUUACUCGAGAUAUCAUAAAACAUUAUGUUUGCACUCAAAGGAGAAAGAUGAAUCUCAUCCCCUUGUCCAGCUAAAUGAAACAUGGAAGCAAAUGCAUUAUCCACCAGAAUCUGCAACAAUAAUGUUACUAGCCAGAAUGGUAGCUAUUGUUAAUCAAUCUAAUAAUAAAGAGGAUAUACUAUCUACAUUUUCACAAUUUUGUCAUCGUUCGACCAAUGAUGUGGAUCAGAUUGCGCAUAAAUUAUUAGAAGAAAAGUUUAUUGGUCAAAUUGAUGUACUCAGACACAUGAUGCAGAAAGCAUUGAACACGGAAUUCACAUCUCAAUGGUUUACUCCAGAUGGUUUUAAAAAUCUGUUAGCUCUAAUAGGUACAAAUGGUCAAGGCAUUGGUACUAGUCCAUUUAGUGUCUGGGCAAAAAAUGUGUCUGCAUUAAAUCCACAAGAAGAUGGAAUUUGUAUUGAUAAGUACAUAAGUCAUCUUUAUGAUGAAAUGGAUGAAGUGGUAGGUGAUUUCCUAAACAAUGAAGGUUCUGGUCUGUAUGUUAUUCAGUCAGCAGUAAAUCAUAGUUGUGUACCAAAUGCAAUUGUAGAAUUUCCUUACUCAAAUAAUGUAUUAGCUUUAAAAGCAAUUCGUGAUAUUCAACCCGGUGAGGAAAUAUGUAUAAAUUACCUUGAUGAAUGUGAUGUAGAAAGAAGUAGACACUCCAGGCAAAAAGCUCUGCGUUCUUUGUAUUUGUUUAAUUGUCGUUGUGAUAAAUGUUUGUCACAAGCUAAUGAUCCAGACUUAACAUCAGAAGAUGAAUCUGAUGAUGACACAAUAAAUUGAACUAACAUUCCUACAUAUUCAUUAAUAAAUUCAAUUUGUCUACAUUACUUAUAAUAUAAUAUCAAUGGUUUAUUAUAUUAUCAGCAUAACAUUGACACUGAACAUAUAAUAAAUGUAUUUAACUUUUGUAUGUAACAUUAUUUUAUUUUCGAAUUAUUAUAUUACAUAAAAUAUACAAAAUUCAUAUAACGCUUUUUCAUUUUUAUUUGCGUCAUUAUCUGUACUAUUAACUGCAUUAUUGUAUUAUUAAAAUUUUUUUUGUCAUAAUUAGACAAUUAUAAAAGUGCGGUAUCAAUUGCAACAGAUAGCACAUAGUGCAUCGUCGGUCCCAAUAAGUUAUAUUGGGCACUAUAAACUAAAAUAUUAUAAAUAUCAAUUACCUUUUAAAAUUGUAUAUUAAAAAAAUGCGCAAGCAUUGCCUGCAAUUGUCAUUUAUAUACAUCACUGUACUAUUCAUUCAAUCAUAAAAAUCAUAUUUAUGAAAUCGUAAAUUCAUUUUUACCUAACACCAUGAGAUUUGAUACAUAAUAUGGCACAGGUGUAACAAGUAUUCGUUGUUCUAUUAAUUUUGUUAAUAAGCCGGUAAUAUUAGGACUACGGUACUCCCACCUAAAAUACAUUAAAUUAACUUUGACAAAGUGUUAUGAAAAAUUAAAAUACAUAAUGAUUUUAUUAAAAGAGAAAUAUUAACUUUGCACUUGUACUCUCAUUUGGUAAUCUUUUGGAUAUAUCUUCAUGUGCAAAAGGCAUAUUGUAUCCAUUUAUAACAAGUAAUUCUAAGGUAGCAGGAUUAUCACCAAAACAAUUUUCUGCAUAUUUUUUACGUUGUUUAUGUUGAGUAAAAUCUAUACCACUAGCUCUGAAAAGUAAACAAAAAUUAUGAAAUUGUUAUUAUACACGUUGAAUCAUAUUCUUUUAAGUAUAUUUCAAAUAAAAAUUACUUUCUCUCUGGACCACUAUCCUUGUACUCCACAGUAUUAUUAACAUUUUCAAAAUUCAAUGCUCUUUGCUUUCUUCUCCAACACAUUUUACUCAAUGAAACAAGAUUUUUGCCUGCUAAAUUAAUCUGUUUACUUUUCCCAUAUCCUGUACUCUGUACUAUUGCUUGUAACAUAUCUUGAGAAACAUUCUUUCGGUUACUAAAAAAACAUUUUUGACCCAUAAAUAGAGCAAAAGUAAUGGGAAGUCCAGAUCGAAUCUUCUUCUUUCUCUGAUUAUCUUCUUUGCUAAUUAAAGCAAUGUAUGUAACACCAUUAUGUAUAUACAUUUUGACAUUUAUUUUCAUGUGCAAUGAAUUAAAAUAGUCUUGCAUGUCGACUAGAAUUUUACGAUGCUUGAAAUAACUAAUAUAUGUACUAGAACCUUGUAACAAGUGACCAUACCAUGUUCUUCGGUCACUGUGCCAACUUAUAUCUAAAAUUUGUUUAUUAUUAGUAACAAUAAAUGAAUGAUUAAAAAAUAAGGAAGAUAAUGAGACAUAAAUAUUACCGAUUAAU